UGCAGCUCCUCUGUCUCUGCGCGACAGUCAAGCCUAGAAUUUUGGUUGCUGCAUGGUUGGUUGGUCCUUCGGUCGCUUUCUCUUUGGUUCCGCGUCGUGGCGCGUGUUUAGCUGUUUUCCAAAAUAGGCCUAGCCUAGCAUCUAAUAACAAUGUGCUUUUAUUGUAUAAGGAAGCUGUAAUAUGAAUUAUGAUAUUGUGAAUAAUUCGUGGAAUGUCUUGGAACAAUUUUGUUCCAGUAAAGAAGAACGCAAGGUUGAAACAAAAUCAUUGUCACAAUCAGUGCUGAUUCUUUAUCAAAAUGGAUUUUCUCUACUUGUUGAAGACUGGCUCUUGGAGAAACUACGACAAGAUCUUCAAAACAUAUUUUCUCCAGGUUUCUGGAAAUAUUUUGAUAAUGAUAUGAAAGAUAUUUCCUGCACUAAUGAUGCAUUUGUGCUUGCAGUUAACAAUCUGCAUCAGUCUUUACAACCUUAUGUUCAACUGAUGCAAACAGUGGAUUGCAUCUCUGAGGGAUUUAACAGUGAUGCUGAGAAACAGAGGAAACUAUACAGUAUCACAGAACGCUUCAUUGUCUUGAUCAAAGCUACUCAAUUCUAUCACAUGCCUCAAAGUUUUAGAAGCGGUGUUGUUUGGCAGUUCUACUCUAAAGCAUUCAAGGCAUUUGAGAAUUCUGAUCAUGAUGAAAUGGCGGAAGACAAUGAUGAUGGAAAAGAUGUGCAUUGUAAUGGUUCUACCAACUCCAAUGAUUGCAGUUGCUGUCAGCAGAUUCUAAAAUACUUCGACCAACUCAAUUCUCAGCUGUUUUCACUGGGAUUGCUAGAGCAUGUGUGUGGAGAGGCUAUUACCAGCAUAAUUCACACAAAGAUACAACAGCAUGUUAAACAAUGUUGCCAAGGCGAGUUUGAAGUUAGUUUCCUGGAUAAGCUGGAAGAGUGGUUGAAUGAGAAAGUUGUUGCAUGGCUGACAAACAUCUGCCAAAGUGAUUCGACAAGUUCAUCAAGUGCUGGAACAACUGUCACCAAAUGGACAGACCGCUUACAGUACUUUCUCUACCAAACAUUUGCAAAAUUACGUAUUCAAGAACUUUUUAACAUCAUUGUUGAGUUUCCGGACUCCAUGAAGGCAUUAGAAGACUUAAAAAUGUGUCUCAAGAAGACAGAUUUACGAGCACAUUUAAUUCGUUCUCUGAGGAGUGAUUUUGAAACAAGACUCUUGCAUCCUGGAGUAAACACAGCUGACAUUUUGACCCAAUACAUUUCUUCAAUACGUUCUUUGAAAGUUUUGGACCAAUCAGGUGUUAUGUUAGAAAUUGUAUGUGAACCUGUUAGAAAAUACUUAAGGAGCCGGGAAGACACUGUACGAUGCAUUGUCUCUAGUUUAACUGAUGAUAGUAGUAGUGAUCUAGCUGAAGAACUGAUUAAAGCAGAACCACUUCAAAUGGACGAGAGUUACAUGAGUGAAGAGGAAGAGGAAGACCCAAGCAACUGGCAACCAGAUCCUAUUGAUGCAGAUCCAGGCAAUACUUCUAAAAGUCGAAGAUCCUCAGACAUCAUUAGUACGUUGGUCAAUAUAUAUGGAAGUAGGGAGUUGUUUGUUAGUGAAUACCGCACAUUGUUAGCUGAUCGCAUACUUACUUCCUUCAACUUUGAUACCGCUAGAGAGUUACGUUACCUUGAAUUGCUCAAGUUAAGAUUUGGAGAGUCUCAGCUUCAUUUCUGUGAAGUAAUGCUGAAAGAUGUGGCAGACUCUAAGAGAAUUAAUGCUAAUAUUAAAGAAAAACAACUGGAGAUGGAAGAAAAUGACAAAAAUAUUGAGAAAAGAAAAGAAGAGGAGGAGCUUGAUUACAACUCCCUCAUUUUGUCUGCGCAAUUUUGGCCCAACCUCAAAGAGGAGAAAUUGGAGUUGCCAGAAGCCAUUAAAAAUGCUAUGGAUGCCUACCGAACCAGCUAUGAGACUCUCAAAGGCUCCCGUACUCUCAACUGGAAAACGAACAUUGGUUUGGUCAAUUUAGAUAUUGAAUUGAAGAAUAGAAAACUGUCAUUCUCAGUGUCUCCUAUUCAUGCUACUAUCAUCAUUCAUUUUCAAGAGAGAGCCAAAUGGACCAUUGAAGAAUUAAGUAGUGUCAUGCAAGUACCAGGCACUGCGCUCAGGCGCAAGAUUGCAUUCUGGCAGAGCCAAGGUGUGUUGAAGGAAGAUAAGGAGGAUACCUUUGUACUGGUUGAAGAGCAGCAAGGCCAUCAUGGAGGGGAAGAUGUUUUAAUGAUUGACAGUGAUGAGGAGAUUGAAUCUGCCAUGGCAUCGGCUCAAGAUCAAAAGGAAGAGGAACUCCAGAUGUUCUGGACUUACAUAGUUGGAAUGUUGACUAACCUAGAAAGUUUGCCUCUAGAAAGGAUCCACUCUAUGUUGAAGAUGUUUGCAAUGCAAGGCCCAACGUCAUCAGAAUGCAGUGAACAAGAACUGCGAGUCUUUCUUGACCGCAAAGUUCGAGAUCAGCAACUAAUCUACGCUGGCGGGAUAUAUCGGCUUCCAAAGACAAGCUCAUGAGAUGCCCAAAAUGGGAAUGAUGUCAAGUGGUGUAACACUCCCAGAUUUAUUUGGAUGGUUUGAAAAAAAAAACGUUUUCUUAUAAGGGAGCUUGCACAAAUGUUUAAUUUUAAGGUGAUCAAUUGUGUGUGCAGCCUUCUAUGGUUGAUCGCAACGAUCCCACUGUAGGUUAACCAGAUAAGGUGUGUUAACCUAAUGCGGAACUCCCGCUGAGACCUUAAAAGCUACUUACGCAAUUAAUGCAAUCACUUACGCAUAUCGGUGCAGCCGACAAUGCGAUUUUGGACACCGUCAUGAAAUUAAAAAUUACUACUGAAAACAAUUUUGCAAGCCUACUAAUGUGGGAAUUUGAUGUGAUUUGAAUUUGGUGUACCGUCUGCCUCUGAUUCUUUCAAACAUGGAUAAAUUCCUCGUUGAUAUACGACACUAGGCCUAGAUGCUUUUCUCUAGAAUUAAAGCACCCUAUUUUUUAAUAAUUAAUUUAUCUACAGCCCAAUCAUUCGACAAUUACACUCUUCCAACCCAUGUCUGGAAAAUUAGACGGAAAAAGUCAUGUCUACUACCGUGUAUUCUUUUGAUCGAUGUUGGAAUCAUUUUUUGGGGUGAUUAUUUUUGCAUAAAGAUCUGAUAACCACCAGCCACGUGGGCCUGUUGCACUUUGUCUGCUUACAAUAUAAAUAUGGACUAGUCUAGUCUAUAAAUACCUGACAUAUUUAAAGACUCUGCCCAGAGCCAUCAUGAUUUUAGUUUAGUUGUGCGAGAUGAGAUUUCUGGAUUUCAAGACCAGUAACUACGAACAGCAAACAUUAGGCCGACUAAAGGCCUAGCCUAUUUUGUGUGAGGAAUGCCUGCAAUCAAUGACACAGAAAGGGUACCUAGGGUUUUGAAGUUGUCAUAAGAAUUGAGGAUUUAGGCCCUACAUAUUAAAAAUGAAUCAUUUUUGUCUCAAAAAUGUCGCAGAGCUUUCAGAAGAUUCUACUAGAGAAUACAGAGAUUCUAGACCGUGACGGCCCAAUCGGCCCAUGUUCACUCAGUGUUAUCUUGUCCCUCCUAGGCUGGAGGCCUAGAUACCACCAGGUUCACAUUAUUACAGAUAGUGCUUCCUUCAUUGAAAGGUAAACAAUCUUAUUUAUUUUCCAAUAAAUGAAAUGAGGAUAAGCCAGACUGUCCCCGCAAAAAAUAUUAAGAUGUAGUGGUAAUGAGAAUGUGUUUCAGUACAAGUUUAAAGCUGGCCACGUAUCCCAUUUUAGAAAGCAUUUAAAGUGCUAAUCAACAUUAAAUGUUCUUGGUGAGAAAUUAGAAAAAUUAA